CGUGGGCAGAGCAGCGGUGCAGGUUAGAGAGAGAGAGAGGCAGAGAGCAUGCGUGAAAGAACAGCUCUUUCUAAACGAUUAUAACGAGAAAAGAGAGGGAGAGGGAGGAAUACAGAUUAAGCAGACUGAACACAACUGUUGUUUUAAUCCUCUGAGCGGAUAGAUUUAGAUGAAAAAAAACUACUGGUUUGGAGGAGAGCAGCCAUAUUGCAUGGACCUUUGGUGGAAUAACAAGACUCUGUGUCGGAGCAGGAAUCCGCGGAGUUCAGGAGCAAACAUCUAGACUUCGCGAACCGCUCCGACGCUACUUUCACCGUCUUAUUGUCACAUUACCUAUUUAUUAUUUAUUUAUUUUAUUUUCUGGAUAGUGUUAAACAGCAGACAGAAAUAUGAAGGACCGACUGGAACAACUAAAAGCGACGUGCGAUCAUGAUGACGAGGAUGUUGAGAUCGCGGUGGACAAUGCUGCUUUUAUGGAUGAGUUUUUUUCCCAGAUUGAAGACAUUAGAAACAGCAUUGAUAAGAUCGAUGAGAAUGUGGCCGAAGUGAAAAAACUUUACUCCGUUAUUCUUUCUGCACCAACGUCAGACCAGAAAACACAGGAUGAUUUGGAGGCAUUAACUAAUGAUAUCAAGAAAAUGGCCAACAAUGCUCGGAACAAACUGAAGACCAUUGAAAGGAAUCUUGAGACGGAAGAAGUGGAAAGAGUAUCGGCCGACAUGAGAAUACGUAAAUCACAGCACGCUGUUCUUUCCAGAAAGUUUGUUGAUGUCAUGACCAAAUACAAUGAAGCUCAGGUGGACUUCAGAGAGAAGAGCAAAGGUCGCAUUCAGAGACAACUAGAGAUCACCGGUAAAGCCACAACUGAUGAGGAGCUUGAGGAGAUGCUGGAGGGUGGAAACGCAGCCGUUUUUACAGCAGGGAUUGUGGAUUCAGGGAUCUCCAAACAAGCACUGAGCGAGAUCGAAGCACGUCACAAAGACAUUGUGCGUCUGGAGAGCAGCAUAAAGGAGCUGCACGACAUGUUUGUGGACAUUGCCAUGCUAGUGGAGAGCCAGGGUGGCAUGAUUGAAAGGAUCGAGAACAACAUGGACCAGUCAGUGGGUUUCGUGGAGCGAGCCGUUGCUGACACCAAGAAAGCAGCUAAAUUUCAGCAGGAGGCUCGGCGUAAGAUGAUCAUAGUGGGUGUGGUUGUUGCUGUGGUGCUCGUCAUCAUCCUCAUCAUCAUCCUCACACAGGUCUUAUGAUAACCUCUCCCUCAGCGGCUCACCAUUAUUACAGCUUAUCACCUUCACUUUUCAUCCUCCCUGUUUGUCCUUGGAGUUAUGAAUGGAAAUGUCCGCCCCUUCACAUAUGGACUCUCUCUUCAUCAGAACAGACCAAUGGGAAACGAGUUUCUCUUCUCUCCUUUACAUCCUCCAUUUUACCUUAAUGUUUUAAAUGCCCCGCCCACUCCACAUAUGGCUCCUCCUCUCUUCAGCACAGACCAAUGGGAAACGAGUUCCUCUCCUUUUCAUCCUCCCUGUUUUACCUCAGGGUUUUAAAUGCAAAUGCCCCGCCCACUUCACAUGUGGCUCCUCCCCUCAUCAGCACAGACCAAUGGGAAACAAGUCUGCUGGAACUCUAGUGAUGGUCAAGAAAGUAGAUUUUUAAUAUGUAAUGACUGAUGGGAUCUGUUUAAGGAACCUCUACUACACGACAAGAAUGCCUCUUGAAGGAAGAUUAUUUUAAUGGACAAAUCACAGAGCAAAGAAUAAGGGAUUUUAUACGACUUGCAUAGAAAGGCAUCUUCCAUUUCAAGCCUAAAUGUUUGUUGAUGUAUAGUGUGUUCAUCAAUAGCUGUAUUUAGUGAAAUGUUCAUGAUCAAAAGGGCUCAGAGAUGAUUUUAGCUUCUGUUCUGGGACCUUGUGAAAUGAACUUAAGCUAAACAUUGAUUGGUCAUCCAGAGUGGAAGAAACACACAUGUGUAGCGAUUUUUUUAAUAACGUAAAAGUUAUGUAUGGGAGAUAAAAACAGAUUUAAACAAAUGAAUAAAUAACAUUUUAUAUUUUCUAAAUA